AAUCAACACUUGCAAUCCGACCGCAAAAGCACUGUACGUAAGUACAUUACGUAGGCUAGUUACUGUACGCAAGAUCCGGGUAGCCUACAGCAAAACUGGUACAUGCGAGACAUACAAUCAGGAAAAAGUUAAUUCAGCAUGGGAAGAAAGAAAAGCGAUCUGUCCUCCCAAAUGAUUUCAUACAUCCCAGAAAUUACACCUGCUAAACCGUGUACGUUAACUAAAACUAAAACGAUCUAAAGCAGCGGCGUUAAUGUGCACGCACGCUAAGACCGAUAAAAUACAUCAGAUUCGACGCACACUUGCACAUACAGACAGGCGUCCGCGACCAACGCUUCUUUGUUGGGAAAAAAAACGCCCGGACGUCCAGAUUUCUCGGUCCUGUAGGGGGCGAGUGGGAUUCAGGCUAGAGCUUCAACCCGGAACUGUGAAACCGAUCAAUUAGCUGCUUUGAAACUCUGGGAGAGAGUUCUUCGCAGUACGAAAACUUUUGCCAAGAAAACUUCCCACUGAGAACCGGUUGCUGCCGCAAAAGACGGAAUACAAAUGCUUCCCACCUUCUCAUCGGCGCAUUUUCGAGGACAAUAAAUUCGUGUUUUCAACAGGUAGGAGGGUAACGACCAACGCUACACAACAAAAGAGAUUGCAUUUCGGCUGGCGGCGAGUUGACCUGUGGCCCUGUCUUGCUUACUCCUCUGAGCUAAGCAGCAGCUGAGUAUUUGACACACACACACACAUACACGUGCACACACACAAGCUUCAACAUGCCGCCACAGAAGGACAUCGUGAAGAUCGCCAUCCAGAUGCCAGGGGCCUACCCCCAACUUAUUGAGCUGGACCAGAAAAAGCCUCUCUCUGCCGUCAUAAAGGAAGUUUGUGAUGGCUGGAAUCUCCCCGGUCCGGAUAACUAUGCCCUGCAAUACACCGAUGGCGUUCAGACCUACAUCACUGAGUCGAACCGCCUGGAUAUCAAGAACGGCAGCAUUCUCCGCCUGACCAAGGCACCGGGCCGGUGCGCAGAGGACCUGUAUAAGGGGAUCCAGAGCUCGGAUGGGGGGGUUCGCUGCGACUCCCUGAAGCAGCUAGCGGGCGUGUCCACUGACGUCACCUUUGCCCAGGAGUUCAUCAGCCGCGACGGGCACACCCUGCUGGUGCACAUCGUGGAGAACGCCAACGAGAACGCCCUCAUUAUGACUCACACACUGACGGCCUUCAUGGAGCUGAUGGAUCAUGGGAUUGUGUCCUGGGAGAACCUCUCAUCUGUCUUCAUUAAAAAGAUCGCCAGCUUCGUGAAUGCCAAGGUGCUGGACGCGUCCAUGCAGCAGCUGUCCCUGGCCAUCCUGGAGAACAUGGUGCUGAGCAGCGGCAGCCUGUUCCAGCUGGUCAAGCAGGAGGUCACCAUGGAGAGGCUCAUCUCCCACCUGCAAGUGACCAACCAGCAGAUCCAGACUAAAGCCAUGGCGCUCCUCAUGGCCCUGCUGCAGACAGCAGGGGAGACUGACAGAAAGGAACUUCUUAUGUUUCUUUCGAAGAAAAACCUACGUCAGUAUAUUUACAAGAACAUCAUUCACAGCUCGGGGUCUGUGGGGGACGAGAUGGCCCACUACCUGUACGUCCUGCAGUCCGUCGCCCUCAACGACCUGGAGCCUCGCAUGAGGACGCCGCUCGACUCCUACAACCAGGACCAGCGGGAGGUCCUCCACUCCCUGCGUCAGUCUGCCUUUGAGUGUGAGAGCGACGGCAGCCUGAGUCACGAGCGUCGCCGCUCGCUCUGCGCCAAGGAGUUCAAGAAGCUGGGCUUCUCCAAUAACAGUAAUCCAGGCCAGGAUCUGAUCCGGACCCCCCCCGGGCUGCUCGCUCUGGACACCAUGCACUACUUCAGCACCCGCUACCCCGACAUAUACAGCAGGUUUGUGUUGGAGAACAGUAGCAGGGAGGAUAAGCACGAAUGCCCGUUUGCUCGCAGCAGCAUUCAGCUCACACUCAUCCUGUGUGAGAUCCUGCGCAUCGGAGAGCCCCCUUCGGAGACGGGCUCGGACUACCACCCGGUCUUCUUCUCGCAGGACUGGGACUGCCUGCUGAACGAACUGUUCUGCGUCUGUAUCCAGCUGCUCAACAAGACCUGGAAGGAGAUGAGAGCCACGCAGGAGGACUUCGACAAGGUGAUGCAGGUGGUUCGGGAGCAGAUCACGCGGACCCUGUCCACCAAGCCCACCUCCCUGGAGCUGUUCAAGAACAAGGUGAACGCCCUCAACUACAGCGAGAUCCUCAAACUGCGGCAGACCGAGCGGCUGCACCAGGAGGAGACCCUCGCCCCGCCCGUCCUCGAGCUGAAGGAGCGUCUGAAGCCGGAGCUGCUGGAGCUGAUUCGGCAGCAGAGGCUGAACCGCCUGUGCCACGGGACGCUGUUCCGCAAGAUCAGCAGCCGGCGCCGGCAGGAUAAGCUGUGGUACUGCCGGCUCUCGCCCAAUCACAAGGUCCUGCACUACGGCGACGUUGAGGAGGACACGGACACGCCCCCUAUCGAGACCCUUCAGGAGAAGAUUCCUGUGUCUGACAUCAAAGCACUACUGACAGGGAAGGACUGUCCGCACAUGAAAGAGAACAAGGGAAAGCAGAAUAAAGAAGUGCUGGACCUGGCCUUCAGCAUCACGUACGACGUGGAAGAGUACAACCUCAACUUCAUCGCCUCCUCCAGGACCGACUUCUGUCUGUGGACGGAUGGGCUGAGCGUUCUCCUUGGGCGGGAGAUGUCCAGCGAGAGCAUGCGCAGCGAGCUGGAGAUCCUGCUCUCCAUGGAGAUCAAGCUCCGCCUCCUGGACCUGGAGAACGUCCCCAUCCCGGAAAGGGCGCCCCCUAUUCCCAAACCCCCCAGCAACUUCAACUUCUGCUACGACUUCAGCCAGACGGAACAGUAGGGGGAGGAGCGGCGGCCAUGGAAGUCGGGGCGGAGUUAUGUGUGACUGACAGUGCUCGAGAUGAGUUGGCAUGGCACUGACAAAGAACAUGACGAGUGGCCAUAGGUGGGGUGAGGGGAGGGAAGGAGGGGGGCGUGGUCAUUGGAGUGGGUGUGGCUUCAUUGAAGAGGGGUCUUUUGCUUUGGGGAGGCUGUUCUUGUGGUAGGGUUUAUGGGUGUUUCAUAUGAACAGAUAUAUGACUGUUUAAAAUUAAAAAAAAAAAAAAAGCCUGGGUAGUUGGGCGUGGCUUUUGGAGUGGUGGAGUCUCCGGGAGCCUCAAAGAUGCCAAGAUGUUUUUUUUUUAUUUGUCUUUUCGUAUGACUGAGUUCUGGACCCGAGGAUUACGUUCCAGUCUGGAGGUGGAGGACCCAAUAACGAGUCCAGUGAACACUUUUUUUUUUUUUUUUUUUGCCUCUCUACUUCCCGCUACCUCUCCCUCCUUUGGGUGCGAUUCACUUCUGCUUUCAAUUAAAUUCAAAUAUAUAUAUAUAUAUUUUUUUUUUUGGAAUACGGUGGUACAAGGCUUGCGCUGUGUGAUGUCAUCACCCUGAGCCGCACUCCUGCUGUUUUUGGAAGACUUGAGGAAGCAAAAGGAGAAGGGGAAAAGUUUUCCGCCUCUGCGGUCUGUCUUACGGAACUUCUGGUCUGCUAGGGUCCGACAUGGAGACCUUCUGUACAGUGCCAGCGCUCAACGGUACAGGACGGUACAGAGAGACCCCCCCCCAUCCUCUUUCACUUAGGUUCUUGCCCUAAGGUGCACUUUCUCCCCCCCAGAAAAGCUUCAAAAUGCAGAGCGUGGUACGUAAAAAAAAAAAGGAAACACUGAUUUCCCAACAAGUAUAAAUAACAGGAGCAGAAUUCCACUAAAACCUUGAAGGUAUUGUGUGCUUGGCUCAUUUCUGGUAUUUCUUUGACAAACGAAAAGGCACUGUUUAUGAGAUCUUUUUGUCUUACACAAUUUGAACCACAUGAGCAUUACUUCACAUUUUGGCUCGUCCCAAAGUAUUCACUCACUGUAAAAGGAAUCAGUGAUGAAACUCUGCAUUGGCUGAUCCACCCUGAGUGAAUCAGCGAUGCAGUGUAAUUUUGUACAUUACAGUAGUUUGAAUCUUAGACUCCUGAUUGGUCUGGUUGUCGUAGAUAUAAGAGGCCAUAGCAAAUGAGAUGAGUUCUACUGUAUAUGUGCGGUACGUAGUGGACAAAGCAUUACAGUAGGUUUGUAUGCAGUGUGGGGCGUAGAGCAAAUUUCAUCUGUGCUUGAACAAUCUUGAAUGUGGAUCUAAUUUUGUGCAAUAUGUGUCACUACACAUAGAUGUAUCUCAAAGGUGGCAGUUUACCUGUGCAGAUCUUGGAGGAGGUUUAUCGUCCAGAAUCACACAAAAUAGACACAAGCAGACGCAAGUAUACAGUCACUCACCGGUACGCACACACACACACACACACACAAGCAGUACUCUGAAGUUCUGUCCUCGAAUGUGGUACCUGUAUGUAGAUUUGUGCACGGUACUUAAGUGUGUGUUUCCAGCAAGUCCCACAAACAUCAAAUAAAUCUCCUUCAUUCCACUGUGAAGAUCUGAAAUGAUUGGUCAUCACUGUUGGCAUGACAGCAGUGGCUUUAGAAUCAAAUAAAACCAAGUUUGAAUAGCGAAGGCCAAGAGACGGCACGUAUGGCCACAGGAAGCAGACCCAUGGCACAUGCCCUGGAGCUGGGUCCUCCAACGCGGGUGGGGGAUGCCUGUGUGUAAAACUGUUCAGGGCGAACUGCACUUUUAAAAAAAAAAAGUAUUACGUUUCCAGUAACGUAGUGAUCGGUGUUCUGUUGAAAUCUGGAAUGGAAUGUGCAUCAGUAAUGGUUGUUCAGUGAAAUUUAACAGCCAAAAAAAACCAAAACAAAAAACCCAAACGGCUGUUUUAUAGACAACAGGUUUUCUUUCAGAGGACAGUGGCAGUCGGUCAGGGAGAGCUGUCGUGGAUUGAGUUGUGCAGUCGGUGCAAUGGGAGUGUUUAACCUGUGUGCACACCAAUGGCAGCCCCCUGUCCUAACCACACUGAAACACUACAGAAUCCAAACAGGGCCGCCAUGUAGUGUUUACCCAGGAUGCCUGUGGAGGGCCCGGACAGCACGGGAACAAGCGGGUAGGCCCCCCCGGAAGCCUGGAGACAGAGGAGCCGGUAACUAGGGGCAACACUGCAGCACAGCUGGGAGCACGGAUAUAGAAUCUCUGGAUUCGCCACAAGUUCUUUUUGUUCUGCACCUACUGUACCAUUUUCUGACAACGUUCCAGAACGGAUUCAUGCCAAUGUUCCAGAACGGAUUCACGCCCAACGUUCCAGAACGGAUUCACGUCCAACGUUCCGGAACGAUCCACGCCCCAACGUUCCGGAACGAUCCACGCCCAGGCCAGAAGUUGCUCGAGGAGCGGAGGCCGUCCUUCAUAUUUGUUUUAUUUCUAUGGCUCGAGCGCAAGCAGCCAUGUUGCCUCGCAAUGCUGCACAGUGUCCGAUUUCACUAGGCCAGUGGCUAAUACAUUCAUUAGCGUCUGCUUUCCUGCUAGCUCUUUUAAAGUGAAUGACAUGCUUAACCUUUCCAACGACGUUCUGAGUUCCGACUGCAAUGAAAACACUUCUGCUCACUGCAUAUGUACAGCAUGCAGCAGAGCUGUGUGAGCAGCAGGGCCUGACCUGGUCAAUACCAUUCCUACAUCAGUUUUUUCAGCAUUUCAAGGUUUCAGUAUUGGCCCUACUGGAGUACUGGAGUUAUUAUCCGCCUGGGAAACAACAGGAAUUGCCGUACCCUUCCCCUUUAAUCAGACAAUCGGACACUAGCAAGACAACGGAAAAUAAACAUGUAUUUUCAUGUACAUGAAUACACCGAGUAGUUGUUGUAUGUAUAUUAAUCUGGCUUUCUGCUGAAAGACUGCUGGUGUGCGUCCAUGCAAUCGAGGGAUUGAGACGACCAUCCCCGCAUGCAGCAAACCAGUCCUGUCCGGUGCAGUGCACUUGGGAACAUUUACACAUUCUAAUCUACCCAAAUUGUCAUUUGUGCCAGUUUUUACUGGCAAAUCAAAAUGGAAAUGAUUAACCACUGCAGGUUGUGUCUGCCCUGUGCUCAAAACUUUUCUUUAAAGGGAUGGUUCACUUUCUGGGUUUUAUUUAAAUUUUAUUUUUUUACAUUUUUAAAAUAUAUUAUUUUGAUAUUUAUUGCUCUAGUAGUGUAUGUUUUUUGACUAAAUGUCGAUGUUCCGACAACCGGCCAACCUUCCGAUGGCUGGCAGAAGGGCAUUAUGGGAUGCCUGAUCUACGAGGUCUGGUCGGUCCUCAGAAACUUCUCCGAACAUCUAAAAUGUCAUUCAUUGCUCACAAAAACCGUCUGGGGGCCAAUCAAAAACAUAGACUAAAAUUAAAGAGAUAUUUUUAAGAAUCCCAGUAAGUGAACUGUCCCUUUAAGGCUUCCAUUAGAUUACCAUCACUGCAACAUGGGAGAACUGGAUAUGUCUUAUUGCUUUAGCACUGUAAUCACUGUUAGCAGGAGUGAGAGGUAGAGAGUUCAUCUGGGACUGUUGACGAGAUCACAUUUGUUUCUAAAUUAAUUAAACGCAAACUUCAGAAUCAACAUCCAUCAGAUUUUUUUUUCUUUACAGCAUUUAUGUACUAAAAUGAAAGAAAAAUGAAUAAAUCGGUUUCCCUUUUUCUUGUU